AAUAGAAUUAUCGAAAAAAAAAGAAAAAGAAAAAGAAGAUUGAGGGGAACAGAACAGUUAAGCAGUCGUUAUUACACGUAUAAAAGAUGGGAGUGGCACGGAUGAGUUGAAGAAUUCUCCUCCAAAGUCACAACAAAGUUGGAUGGAUUUUGAUCAUGACGCAGACGCUCCUCUGCUUCUCAACUCCCCCUAUUUUCACCAACAAAAGAGCAUGGAUGAAAUGAAGCAAUUGUUUAAGCUAAGCAUGGAGCUCCAAGAAACCAGGGUCCGAGCAGACCACGACCUCAAAUCUCGCGACGCCCAAAUCCUCCACCUCAAGGAGCUCCUCACUGCCGCCAUUAAAGAACGCGACGAAGCUCGAACAAACUGCAAGAAGAUACUGCUGGAUAAGAUCCUCCUCCACCAAUCAGCCCCCAAUUCCGGAAUCUCCAGCAUCGACGGAUUGUCCUCCUCCGACUGCGAGGAGAGCAUCGCCUCGUCGCCCCACAGAGUGCCCGCGGAGCUAAUCAAAGGCCCGUUGCCGGAAAAGGGGAAGCUGCUGCAGGCGGUGGUGAAGGCAGGGCCGCUGCUCCAGACGCUCCUCCUCGCCGGCCCUCUGCCGCAGUGGCGCCACCCUCCGCCGGUGGUCGACCCCUAUCAGAUUCCGCCGCCGCAUUGGGCGGGCAGAAAACGGGGUCUGUCCGAGGUCUAUAAGUGGUGAAUUUUGCAGAGUCGUUGAAAUUGGUAGUCAAGAUUAGGAAGAUUGGAUGUGGAUUUUGGAAGGGGAAAAGUGAAAGACCAGCAAGCAGUUUUGGUCUCUUUCAUAAUUAUUAGACCUUAAAUCCUUGUUAUUUUUAGAUAUAUGUAUAUUGUUCGUUUCUCAUCAUAAUAUUCUACGCCUAAUUUAGGGAAUGUUCAUGUUUUCUCUCCUUAAUUAGAAUGUAGUACACGAGUUGAGGUUAACAUUUUUUACUUUUCUUCAUUCUUGUA